GCCUAUAUAAGCUCGAAUCCGGCCUCUUCCUUGUAGUGCCGCCGGGAUCACUGGCUGAGGAGGUUGUGUAGCCGCUUCCGUGCUACUCGCGCUGUGAGCAUUGCAAGCUAGAGCCGAGUACGCGGGCCGGCCAUCAUGUCACGUUACGGGCGGUAUGGAGGAGAAACCAAGGUAUAUGUUGGUAACCUGGGAACUGGCGCUGGUAAAGGAGAGUUAGAAAGGGCAUUCAGUUACUAUGGGCCCUUAAGAACUGUAUGGAUUGCCAGAAAUCCUCCAGGAUUUGCCUUUGUGGAAUUUGAAGACCCUAGAGAUGCAGAGGAUGCAGUUCGAGGAUUGGAUGGGAAAGUGAUUUGUGGUUCUCGAGUGAGGGUUGAAUUAUCAACAGGCAUGCCUCGGAGAUCUCGGUUUGAUAGGCCACCUGCCCGUCGUCCCUUUGAUCCUAAUGAUAGAUGCUAUGAGUGUGGUGAAAAGGGACAUUAUGCUUAUGACUGUCAUCGCUAUAGCCGACGAAGAAGAAGCAGGUCACGAUCUAGAUCACAUUCCCGAUCCAGGGGAAGGCGAUACUCUCGCUCACGUAGUAGGAGCCGCGGUAGGAGGUCAAGAUCAGCAUCUCCUCGACGAUCAAGGUCCGUGUCUCUUCGUAGAUCAAGAUCAGCUUCACUCAGAAGAUCUAGGUCUGGUUCUAUAAUAGGAUCGAGGUAUUUCCAAUCCCGCUCAAGGUCGAGAUCAAGAUCCAGGUCUAUUUCACGACCAAGAAGCAGCCGAUCAAAAUCCAGAUCUCCAUCUCCUAAAAGAAGUCGUUCCCCAUCAGGAAGUCCACACAGAAGUGCAAGUCCAGAAAGAAUGGACUGAAGUUCUCAAGUUCACCCGUUAGGGAAAAGUUAUUUUGUUUACAUUAUUAUAAGGGAUUUGUUAUGUCUGUAAAGUGUAACCUAGGAAGGUUCAUCAACCAUCUAAUCAAAAUGGAUCUGGAUUAUUACUCUGUAAAAUUCACAGCAGUAAAUAUUGUUUUUGUUGAAUGUAUUAACAUCUUAUGGUCUGGAAAUGUAGGUUUUUAUUUGACACAUUUAAAUAAAAUGUUUCUAACUAGAUGUUUUGAUUUGUGUUCAAUAUUAAUACUUUUUCAAUUGGGUAAGCAUCAGACAAGUAUCAAGAAAAUUGUUUAUUGACCAUAUUUCUAUGGCCUGUAUUCAAAGUUUAAUGGUGUUGAUUAAGUAUUAAACAUCAUUAACUGUUCUAUACAUAGCACAGGCCAGGAUCUGAAAGGACUUUGACAUUUUCAUUUUACUCUUGUACCUUGGGUAAGAUGAUCUUUGAGUCCUCUUAACAGCAUGAGUGCAUCAUGGCAGAUCCCUGAUUAACUGGGAAUUGGUGUUAACAAUCUCAAACUGUCAAGCUCAGAGGGACCACUGACAGGAAAUAAGCAGAGUUACUGAAAUGUCAAGAAGUAGAAACUGGUUUUUAGAGGCUGAGGUUUUAGUGGUAUAGUUUUUCAGACUAUUUAAGUUGGGAUGAUUCUGCUCAAUGUACUUUUUUUCCCCUUUCAAACAGCCAAUUUAAUACCAAAAAAUGCAUGUUUGAGGAAUUGUCUGAAUUUGGAACAAAACCUUGUAAACCAGCUUUGCAAAAUUAUUGAGCCCCAAUACUCUGUUCUUUUGAAUGGAUUGCCUUAUCCUGUGCAAAAACCUGUUACUAUCUGAGCUAGAUUUUGCAGUUACUGACAACAUUGUUCUAUUUUGCCAAGCUGGUAUAAAGAGAUGUCAAGCAAAAAUGUAAAAGACAAAGCAGUUUUGUAAACCUUACAUAUUAGCAUUUCAUGUAGCUAAGGUUUGUUACGUUUUUGUUUUGGGUUUUUCCUCCUUUGGUAGUGUCUGGUAGACCUUAGAAUGGUGUAGCCAGUAGGUUCUUAUUUAGACUUUAAAUAUAUUAUGCAUAAUAGGGCAGUAAUGAUCAUUUUCGAGUUUUUUGGACAAGCUUUUUACUAUAUUUCUUAGCCUUGGUGUAAAAACAAUAGUACAGGAGUCUGUCCUUGUCUAUAUUUUAGGCUUUUUCAACGAAGUUGUCUAAUAGUACUGCAACUUGAAUGCAUACUGGUCUGCCCCAAGUUUAUCUGGCUGAGUGGUCACUAGUGUGGUGAAAGUCAUUUGGAUUCUGUUCUUAAGAGUUUGACUGGUUGAAUAAGUGGUUGGUAUGAAGCUGUGUGUAAUCGGCAGACCUAUCUGUUGCACUUGGUUAGCUUUAAUUGUUCUGUAAGUUUGUUCAACAAUAAAUCUGCAGAGAUUGAACAAAUAA